UUUGAAGAUGCUAAGGAUUUAAAGUAUCCUGUUAAGGUACAACCUUAUUUAUUUCGACUUAUAAAUGCUUCUAAUCCAAGUGUUCCUUUAACCGUAAGUGCACCAUAUCUUAUUGAGAACCCUAAUCUCUGCCGUUCUGUGAAGCAUCUAACGGUGCUUGUUGUAGUUAAUUCAGCGACAGACCAUUUUGAACAGAGACAAAGUAUAAGAACAACCUGGACAAACGACACGUAUUAUUCGUAUUUAGCAACAGUCAGAGUUGUGUUUCUUGUCGGAAGAACUGUGAGUCAAGUUGUCCAAUCUGCGCUUGAAAUGGAGUUUAAAAAGUAUAAGGAUAUUGUACAAGGAGAUUUUAUAGAUUCCUACAACAAUCUUACACAUAAAGGUGUGAUGGGGUUUAAAUGGAUUACGGAGAGAUGUCGAAAUGCGGAAAUGAUUCUGAAAGUAGAUGACGACAUUGUAGUUAAUAUGUUUCUAUAUAUCUAUAAAUUAAAACAUUCUAAAGCGCUGCAAAAGGCAAACGUUUAUUGUGAAUACAAAUCUGAUAUUGUAGAAAGAGAUGUUACAUCCAAAUGGUAUGUUGAUGAUAAUCAUUUCAAAGGAGUAAAAAGAUAUCUAAAAUUUUGCAAAGGAAAGUUUGUGAGUAUGACGAAUGAUAUAAUGCCAUCUUUAUAUCUCGCCGCCUCGAGGUCGCCGUUUUUUCAUCUCGAUGACGUUUUGUUGUUUGGAUAUGUCCUGCAUAAGAUUCCAGGAUUGAAAUAUCAAACGUUCAGUGACGGAGAUUGGCAGGGAAAAACUAAUGCAGUAAAACACUGUUUGGAUGUCAAACGGGAAAAAUGUACCUAUAUUGCUAUGCAGGCAAGUUAUAAGGAAGACGUAUCAACCAUUUGGUCAAAAGUGGUCAGAUACUUUAGAAAACGCUUUUAAUUAGAGGUUAAUUCUUGGUUACAAUACGCCAUUAUGCGAUAAUUGCCCAAAGAUGUACAUUUUAAUAGUAUCAAUCAAUUGUUAGACGAAAAAUAUUCAGUUUCCAAUCGUUUCUUAUAAUUAAGCAAAUUUUCUACACCAAAGCAAAUAGACCACACGAAUACAGCUAUUCUAUUUAACGAAAGAAAAUCACGGUUUCCAACGAUUUUUAUCAGGCAAACAAACGCUCAUGACUAUUUAAUAAAAAUUUAAAUCAAUGCUGACUGCAUCAAACUUACACUCGAACUAUCUAUCUAUGUGGUGUUUUUUUUUUUUGUUUUUUUUUUUUAUUUUCCUGCUUUUUUGUUGUUGUUGGUUUUUUUCUCACGCAAAAUCAAUGACUUGUCUGACUUUACAGAUAAUGAUGAGAUGUUGCCUGAUAUGUACAUAAAUAUUAAAGAAAAAUUAGACGAAAAAAUUGGCCAUCUCAGUCGGGACUUGAACCACGGGUCUCUGGAAUGCCGGUCCAACUUAUGCUUACCAAUGCAUCACAGUGGCAAUUGGGUUUACACCUUAUAUAUUUAAGAUAUUUUUACCUUAUUGUGACGUCAUUUAAUCGACUGGAAAGUGAGACCAGUUUAACGAUCUACUAUUUAAGGUGAAAUAUACUUUAAGUUUACUGAAAUAAACAAACAGGUAAUUACAAUUUAUUAUAUAAAUAAUACAUGUACAUUAAUUGACCGACCGCUGACAAAUUAUAAUUUGUAAAUUAAAAACGUGUUACAUGUCAUUUUGAUCUAACAUCGGUAGAAUAUCAUGCAUGUAUGUAUGUUUGUACGUACGUACGUAUGUUUGUUUUUUUUUUUUUUUUUUUUUUUUUUCUCACGGAAAAUCAAUGACUUGUCUGACUUUACAGAUAAUGAUGAUUUUGGCAAAUGCGUUUUUGUAUUCAGAUGUUUUAUAUGAUAUGUAUGUAUGUAUGUAUGUAUGUAUGUGUGUGUUUUGUUGUUGUUCUUAUAUUUUUUUCUCACGCAAAAUCAAUGACUUAUCUGAUUUACAGAAAAUGAUGAUUUUGGAAAAUGCUUUUUCUGUAUUUAAAUGUUUUGAUAUGUUUGCUUGAAAUAAAUAUAAUAUCACAGAAAAAGCACAUGAAAAAUUGGCACGCUGCAACCGGGACUCGAAUCAUGGGUCUCUGGAUUGCCGAUCCAGUGUGCUUACCACUACACCACAGCGGUCAUUACGUAUCUAAAUUAUUUUUGAAUUAUUGUCACAUCAUAUCAUCAACUGGAAAGUGAGAUCGAGUUAACGAUCUAAUGUUUAAGGUGAAAAGUUCUUUACGUUUACUGAAAUUUUUGAAAUAAUACUCUUAUUGACCACCAGUUGCCAUAUGUAUGUAUUUAUGUAUUUCUAACGCAAAAUCAAUGACUUUUCUGACUGUACAGAUAAUGAUGAUUUUUGCAAAUGCCUUUCUGUAUUUAGACAUUUUGAUAUGCUUUUGAUAUGUUUUACAAUAGCGGCCAUUGCGUUUGUUCCUUAUAUAUUUCAGUUACUUUUAACUUAUUCCGACUUCAUAUAAUCGACUGAAAAGUGAAAAAGGGUUUAAGGUGAAAUAUACUUAAAGUUUACUGAAAUAAACAACCAUUUAUAUAAAAUUUAUUAUUGAAAUAAUACUCUAAUUUACCGCCCGUUGACAAAAUAAAGAAAAUGGAUAGAAAGCUUGUGACAUGUCAUUUUGAUCUAACAUCGGUAAAACAUCAAUCAAUUUUUAGACGAAAAAUAUUCAAUUUGUACUCAAUUCCUGUAAUUUAACAAAUUUUUCUUCACCAAACCAAAUAGACCACAAGAAUAAAAUUAUUACAAAAAAUCAAAAUUACGAAUUCCAACGAUUUUAUAACGGGUCAUGUUUUUUAAUAAACAAUUUUAAAUCAAUUUUGACUGCUUCAAACUCGGCCUAUGUGUGUAUUUAUGUAUGUGUUUUGUUGUUGUUGUUGUUGUUGUUGUUGUUUUUCCACGCAAAAUCAAUGACUUAUCUGACUUUACAGAUAAUGAUGAUUUUUGCAAAUGCCUUUCUGUAUUUAGAUGUUUUGAUAUGUUUGCUUCAAAUAUAUAUAAUAUUACAGAAAAAGCACACGAAAAAUUGGUACGCCUUAGUCGGGACUUGAACCACGAGUCUCUGGAUUGCCGAUUCAGUAUGCAAACCACUACACCACAGCGGCCAUUUCGUAUUUAAAUUAUUUUUGAUUUAUUGUCACAUUAUAAAGUCGACUGGAACCUGGAAAGAGAGAUCGGGUUAACGAUCUAAUGUUUAAUGUGAAGUAUACUUUAAGUGUACUGAAAUAAACAAGCAUGUAGUUAUUAUUGGAAUAAUACUCCAAUUGACCACCAGUUGACUUAUCUAUGUAUUUAUGUGUGUUUUAUUUUUUCUCACGCAAUAUAAAUGACUUGUCUGACUUUACAGAUAAUGAUGAUUUUAACAAAUUGCAUUUUGUAUUCAGAUGUUUUGAUAUGUUUGCUUGAAAUAUAUAUAAUAUUACAGAAAAAUCAAUCAAAAAUUGAACCGCCUCAGACGGGAUUUGCACCACCGGUCUCUGAAUUGCCGAUAUAGUAUGCAAACCACUACACCACAGCGGUCAUUGCGUUUUCUGUUAUAUAUUUAAGUUAUUUAGAAAACUUAUUGUGCCGUUAUAUAAUCGACUAGGAAGUGGAAAACUGAAAAGAGAGACCGUAUAAACGGUCUACUGUUCAAUGUGAACUAUACUUUAAGUUAUCUGGAAUAAACAAACAUGUUUUUUUUACAAUUUAUUUUUGAAAUAAUACUGUUAUCGACUGCCAGUUGACAAAUAAAAAUUUGUGAGUUAAAAGCAUUUAAUCUAAUAUUGUUAAAAUAUCAAUCAAUAUUUAGACGGAAAGUAUUUGGUUUGCACUCUAUCGUUUGCUAUAAUUUAUCAGAAUUUGUACACCAAAGCAAAUAGAUCACAUUAAUACAAAUAUUACAAAAAAUCAAAAUCAAAGUUAUCAACGAUUAUUUAACGGAUAAACAAAACAUGUCUGCGCUCAUGAUUUUUAAUGUGUAAUUUGAAUAAAUGUUGCCUGCUUCAAA